CGCGUCGCGGCCUCCUGGAUCCCAGGCGGGAGGGGGGGCUCUGGCUCACUCGGCGCCCCGCAGCGGGGCGGGGCGGCGCGCAGGAGGCGGGAUUUUCUGGCACUUUCUGGGCGCCGCGAACGCUCGGAUCCCGGGCUUGGAGGCCGGAAGCGCAGCUACGGAGCCGCAGGGCAGCCGGCGCCGAGGCCCUUCCUUAUUCUCUGCGGAGGCCGCUCCGCCAGCACAGACAUGGCCAAGUGGGCCCAGGGGGACCCGCGCUGGAUCGUGGAGGAGCGGGAGGACGGGACCAACGUGAACAACUGGCACUGGACAGAGCGGGAUGCCACUAGCUGGUCCAAGGGAAAACUCCGUGACCUCCUGGUGGGCAUCAUCGUGGAGAAUGAGACUGGACGCGGUGAGAUCAGUGAGCUGAAGCAGGUGGAAGGGGAGGCUUCUUGCAGCAGCCGCAAAGGAAAGCUGAUUUUCUUCUAUGAGUGGAACAUCAGACUGAGCUGGAAAGGUGUAACUAAAGAAUCCGGUGCAAAGCACAAGGGAUUGAUUGAAAUACCCAGCCUUUCUGAAGAAAAUGAAGUAGAUGACACCGAGGUGAACGUGAGUAAAAAGAAAGGAGAUGGGGAUAUAUUGAAGGAUCUUAUGAAAACUGCAGGCACCGCCAAGGUCAGGGAGGCCCUUGGAGAUUACCUGAAGGCACUUAAGACGGAAUUUACAAUAGGAAUGAUUUUACCAACGAAAACCAUGGCAACUCAGGAAUUGACAGGUAAGAGGAAACCGAGUGAGAAGGCCUUGCAGGCCUCCUCUCCGACGGGGCUGGGUGUGAGGAUCCCCACGGUGGCACUGCGCAUGAUGGAACUGUUUGACACAACCGUAGAGCAGCUGUACAGCAUCUUCACUGUGAAAGAAUUGGUGCAGAAAUUUUCUAAAUCUCCUGCUGUAUUAGAAGCUGAAAAGGGAGGGAGAUUCCAAAUGUUUGAUGGGAACAUCACUGGUGAAUACGUAGAAUUGUUGACAAAUAAAAAGAUCGUCAUGAAAUGGAGAUACAGGAACUGGCCAGAAGAACACUAUGCGACAGUUGCACUGAAUUUUGUGCCUGCUCCAGGGCAAACGGAAUUGCAGUUGGACUGUAAAGGAGUUCCUGUCUGUAAAGAAGGCGGCAUGAAAUUCUGUUGGCAGAAACAGCAUUUUGAAGAAAUAAAAGGUUUACUGCAGCUGACCACCCUAAACGGUUGAAUUAAUUAGAAGAUUUUAUAAGGGCAUUACUUUUUGUAAGCAGAGUAUCAAGUUUACCUCUUCCCUAUUAAUCCUUUUAAAAAAGAUGACACCUCUAAUUUAUACUGUAUGAAAUCCAUGACUCUUACAGAAUUCAAAGCAUUGUUUGAAUCUUUACUACAGCUGGAGUCUCACUGGGUUAAAAGUAGCAAGCAACCUGGAAAUUAGGUGUUAACCUUAUCUCCCAUAGAUGCGCCUCUGGGUACAGAGUUGAAGUUUCCCACUAAAGCUUGUCCUGGCAAGCCACUUUCAGCUGUAGUUUUAGUUCAGGAAGACAAAAAAAAAAAAAAA